AGCAUUAUGUAUUAUUAUCACCAGUAAAAACAACUGUUUUUCAUGAAGAAAAAGCAGUCAAUUUUUCAGGCAAAUAAAAAUUCUUCCAUUCAUAUCUGCAGUAACUACUUAUGUACACCGGAAGGCAUCAUUAACCAAUAACCCAUGCUGUGAUCUAUUUAUAGUAUUAUCUGUCAAAAUAUAUAUGAGAAACACUCUGAUAACAUAUUUGUUGACAUUACUAAACAUUGGUUUAUUUGUAUACUACAGAAACUGACGGAUUCUUCCUGUUACUGUUAAUACUGACAACAGCACUUACAAAGUGCAUCACAUUCUCAAAGUGCUGCACAGACAUUAAGGGUCAGAUUCUGUUACCUUUACUCCCACUGAGCAGUGCUUUCCUCCACAAGUAAUCCCUUUGACGUCAAUGGGAUUUCUUGUGGAGUAAGAUACUAUUCAACGUAAGCGAGGAAAUGACAAUCAGGCCAUAAAUAAUUCUCAUGAUCCCUCUUUAGAUAUCAUUUUCCUGGAUGGGAAAUAAAAACAUAUUGUCUUGAAAGUUUAUGCCCACUGGAUUCUGCUGUAUCAGGGCCUGAAAUAAUCUCUGGUAUAAAUUAGAGCAGCCCCUUUGUGAUAUGAUGGUAAUUGGGGCAACAUAAGUUUUUAAUAUAUUUAUCCUCACAACAUCACUAUGAGAUAGCACAAUACUAUUAACCCCAUUUGACAAAUGGAGAACUGAGGCAGAGAGGCUAAGUGACUUUCCAAAGGUCACACAGGAAGUCUGCAGCACAACAGAACUUUCCAAGACCCUAGUCCCCUAAUCAUUGGACAAUCCUUCUUGUCCAUGCACCAAAGGAAUGGCAUAUAGGAGUUGGAGUGGAUUAAAGUGCCAAGAAUGGGGGGAUACAAUGUUUCCCUUGAUGGAAUCUGUAGUAUGUCAGGGUUCAAUAUAGGCAUCUUAGAGGAAGACAGAUCAAUGAGAUGAUGAUACAGGGUUUCUAAUUGAUCUCAUUAGCAUGUAGAGAGGAGGUACAGGAAGGCACAGCCAGAUGGCAAGAGCUACAAAGAAGAUUUGUGGAUCAGCAAUAGCAAGGAUAUGUGAAGAAACAGAGCAGAAGCCACUAUUGGAAGAGGAGGAAACUGGAAUAGUGGUGUAGGAGUGGGGAAGAGAGAGAGAAAUCAGGUUCAUGAGAUAAGUAGAACAAGUUCGUGGGGAAUUUUGAACUGGAUCCUGAAAUGAAUAGGGAGUCAGUGGAGUCUCUCAGUGAGGGUAAUGUGAUCACAUUUUUUAUACAUGUGAAAAAGUAGGCUGCAAUAUUCUUCACCUUCUGGAGUCUGGAGAUCUAAGAUUUGGAGAUGCCUCAGAGAAGGGAGUCAAAAUAAUCAAGGUGAGAAGGCACUUAUAAGUUUCAGCUGUGGUAAAUCUGAAGAAGUGGCAUACCCUGGCAAUGUCAUGGAGAUGGCAUAUUUACAGAAACUGAAACAUUCACAGAAAUGUUCAUCCUUCAAGUGCAAUUACUUGAGCCAGAUUGUAAUAUCAUCAAAAUGAGCACCAAUGUGCUGGAGGUCCCUGAGUUUUAUGGCCUGUCCAGGGAGAUUGACAAGAAUGUGCUCACUUUUGACUAUGACAAGAAGACAAACCUGGAGUGCACCAUCAAACUGGCUUCUUUAGAAACUCUUCUACCAGCCCAUGGUCAACUUGUCAUUGGAGAACCUCAGCAAGAAGAGCCUCGUGGAGAUCAACCUCAUAGCUUCUUCCCUAGAUCCAAGCACAGAACAAGCCAAAGGUGCAGAAGUGGGCUCUGUGAUCCAGAACUGAAGAUGAUUCAGAACACCAAAAUGAGCUGUGAGGAAUUUUUACUGAUGGGAAUUAGAUAUCAGCAUCUUGACCCUCCUUCACCCAACAUUGAUUAUAUUCCUAUCAGGCUGGACCUCACAGACAGCAGAAGCAAAACGCUGCACAAGACAGAGCAUGCAUGGCUCCCUGUCCAAAUCAAAGGUGCCAUUCCCAACCAAAUCCCCAGAGCUGCCUUCAUGGCUAUGUUCAUCCUGGAGGUGGAUCAGUUUAUUUUGAGCCCCAUGACAACAACAACGGUGGAUGCUGAAGACAGUGAAACACCCAAAUCCCUGCUAGUGUUCAACAUUACCAAGCCACCCCCACAAGGCUACAUCACUCAUCUGUUAGACCAUACCAAGCCUAUCACCUCCUUCACCUGGAAAGAUCUCAGUGAGAUGCUUAUCGCAUAUCAGCCUCCAAACAACAGCCAUACAGAGAGGAGGAAUUAUGAGGUGGAGUUAGAGGUUCAUGACUUCUACUUUGAAAGGAGUUCACCAAUCACUGUGCAUAUCUCCAUCAGAACAACAGAUACAAAUGCUCCUCGGGUUUCAUGGAAUACAGGCCUUGAUCUCCUGGAAGGGCAGUCCCGACCAAUCACAUGGCAACAGUUUCAAAUAGUGGACAAUGACAACAUCAGGGGUGUUCGCUUGGUCACAAUUGAUGGCUUACAGCAUGGACGGCUCACUGUAAGAGGAGGGAAAGGAUUCAUGUUCACGGUCUCUGACCUGAGGGCUGGGGUUGUUCGCUACCACCAUGAUGACAGUGACUCUACAAAAGAUUUUGUGGUAUUUAGGAUCUUUGAUGGCCACCACAGUAUUCGCCAUAAGUUUCCAAUCAAUAUCCUGCCUAAAGAUGACAGCCCCCCUUUCCUGAUCAGCAAUGUUGUAAUUGAACUGUAUGAAGGGCAGACCGUUCUGAUCCAGGGCUCCAUGCUUCAAGCGUCUGACAUGGACUCCAGUGAUGACUACAUACUCUUUAAUGUUACCAAACCACCACAGGCUGGAGAAAUCAUGAAGAAACCAGGGCCGAACCUUAUAGGGUAUCCUGUCACUGGCUUCCUUCAGAGAGAUCUGUUUAAUGGACUAAUUUACUACCGUCACUUAGGAGGAGAAAUAUUUGAGGAUUCCCUUGAGUUUGUCCUGUGUGAUAGCCAUGACCCUCCCAAUCUCUCAGAGCCACAGCUGGUGAUCGUGCAUAUUAUUCCUGUGGAUGAUCAGCUUCCAAAAGAAGCUUCUGGGGUUACCCGUCACCUCGCUGUUGAGGAAACUAAGAUAGCUCAUCUAACUAAGAAACAUCUCCAUUUCAUAGACAUGGAAGCACAAGAGAGAGAGCUCAUCUACACAGUAACCACCUCCCCAUUUUUCUCUUUUACUCAUGGUGUGUGUGUGUCUUUGUACAGCCCCUCCGAUGCUGGGAAGUUGUUUAUGGUGGACAGCAUCCCCAAGCUAGUCAAGGAUCCUUCUGUUCCAGCACUGAGAUCAUUCACUCAGCAUGCUGUGAACUACAUGAAAGUUGCCUAUAUGCCCCCUAUCCAGGACAUUGGGCCUGAACCUCAGCAUGUCCAGUUUAUUUUUUCAGUCAGCAAUCAGCAUGGAGGCACUUUGUAUAGGAUUUGCUUUAAUAUUACAGUUCUUCCAGUGGACAAUCAAGCUCCAGAGGUAUUUACAAAUAACUUGAAAGUGGAAGAAGGGGGACUGUGCACCAUUACAGGGAGCCAUAUUCUGAUGUCAGAUGUGGACACAAAACAGGAGAACCUCCACAUCUACCUUCAGAGGCUGCCGCUGCAUGGAAUGGUAGAACUGGAUGGAUUUCCCAUGAACAAAGGUGACAGGUUCACCUGCCAGGACUUGCACAUGUUAAAAGUCAGGUAUCAGCAUGAUGGCUCUGAGACUCUGCAUGAUGACAUCCUCUUUGCAGCCACAGAUGGCAUUAAUUCUUUAGAGUUUGUCCUACAGGUCAAGGUGCUACCUGUAAAUGAUGAGCCACCUAUCAUGAAAGAUGGCCUCAUUCCCCUAAUACAAUGUCCAGAGGGUGAGGAAGUGGUCAUCACCUCAGAGUACAUUUAUGCCACCGAUGCAGACAGCGAUGACAUGAAACUGACUUUUAUGUUGGCUCGACAGCCCUAUUAUGGGGUUGUGAGGAAAGCUGGUAUCGUUGUGGAUCGCUUCUCCCAAGCGGACGUUGUCUCUGGAGUAGUGACCUACAAGCAUACUAGUGGGGAGAUUGGCCUGACUCCUUGUUUUGACACCCUAACCUUGGUUAUCUCUGAUGGUGAAGCUGGCAUGGAUGUGAAUGACUGCUGUUAUGAUGGACUUCUUCCUCCUCCAGUACCACUUCAUGAUUCCUUUCCAGUAUAUGACCUUAACAUCAGUGUAUUUCCAGUGGACAACCAGCCACCAUCCAUUGCAAUUGGUGCCAUGUUUGUUGUGGAUGAGGGUUUCUCAGCUGUCGUUACCGCUAACAAUUUGUUUGCUACUGACCCCGACACCGCAGCAGAUGACUUAGAGUUUGUUUUGGUUUCUCCUCCCCAGUUUGGUUACAUUGAAAAUAUACUACCUUCCCCUGGGUUUGAGAAGAGCAACAUUGGUAUAAGUAUAGCUUCAUUUCAGCUGAAACACCUGAAAGCCUUGCAUAUAAAUUAUGUGCAGUCCAGGCACGUGAGGACAGAACCAACUUCAGACCAGUUUAUGAUUUAUGUCACUGAUGGGAAGCAUCAUUCAGUGGAGACCCCAUUUUAUGUCCUGAUCAACCCAACAAAUGAUGAAGUCCCAGAAUUCAUAGCAAGGAACAUAACUGUGCAGGAGGGCCAAAUGAAAGAACUGGAUCCCUCUGUAAUCAACGUUAUUGAUCUGGAUGUACCUCAAGAUCGUUUGAUGUUUACCAUUGUCCAGCAACCACAGCAUGGAUUCCUCAUUAAUGGAGUUUAUGGCAAUGAUGUUAUGAAUUACAAAAGAUUCAUUAACAGUCACCACAAUCAUGAACGUCCUGUGCAUGACUUUUCCAUGGAGCUUCUUAAGAAUGGAAUGAGGCUAGUGUACAUGCAUGAUGACUCUGAAAACCUCAUUGAUGGUUUUACACUCCAGCUGUCAGAUGGGAAACAUAAAGUCCUCAGAACCAUUCUGGUAAAGGUCAUCCCAGUUAAUGACGAGAAGCCAAUGCUGAGCAAGAAGGAUGAGAUAGAGGUGAACAUGGGUGAAACCCGAAUAAUUUCUAGUGCUGUUCUGUCAGCCGAAGAUAAAGACACCUCCAGGGAGAGAAUUUACUAUUUAUUUGAAAGAAUUCCAGAAAAUGGGCAGCUUCAGCUCAAGGUAGGUAGGGACUGGGUGAUGCUCCAAACUGAAAUGAAGUGCACCCAGGAGGAAAUAGAUAUGAACCUUGUGAGAUACGUGCAUACAGGAGCUAUGGGGUCCAGGAACCAAGACAGCUUCACAUUUCAUCUGUGGGAUGGGGACAACAAAUCCCCAGCAAUGGACUUCUAUAUAACUAUCAAGGAUAUGGAAAAAGGGGACAUUGCUGUUUUCGUGAGGCCACUUACUGUAUCUAAGGGGGACAGAGGUUUCUUGACAACUGAUGUUCUCCUUGCAAUUGAUGGAACUGAGAAACCAGAAGAGCUCCUCUAUGUGAUAACCUCGCCACCUCAGUAUGGACAGAUAGAGUAUGUCAGCUAUCCUGGAGUCCCUAUUACAAGUUUCAGCCAAAUGGAUGUAGCAGGUCAAGCAGUCUGCUAUGUUCACAAUAGCAAGGCAGCUGCUCCCCGAGAUCUGUUCAGAUUUAUCAUCAGCAAUGGACUGAAGACUAAACACGGAACGUUCGAGAUCACGUUGGAGACAGUGGACCAAGCUUUGCCCAUAGUGUCUAGGAACAAGGGGCUAAGAUUAGUGGAAGGCACUAUGGCACUCCUUUCUCCUGAUGUCCUGCAGCUUUCAGAUGCAGACACUUCCUCAAAGAACCUUACUUUCCUCUUGGCACAGCUCCCUCAAUAUGGCCAUCUGUGCUACCGAGGGACUGUGCUGCUGCAGCACAAUUUCACUCAGCAAGAUGUGGACAACAUGGACAUGGCAUAUAGACAUGGAGGAGGGGCUUCCCAGAUUGACAGAUUUACAUUUGUUGCAACAGAUAGGACUAAUGAAGGCUUCAUCGUAGAUGGGAAGGUGCAAAUGGAGCCUGUGGCAUUCACCAUUCAGGUGGACCAUUUGGACAAAACUGCACCAAAAAUUGUUCACCUCCAUUGUUCUUCAGAUGUGGAGCUCCUGAAAAAUGGCAAUUAUGGGAUUUACAUUACUGCCAGGUCCUUGAAGGCAUAUGACCCCGAUACAGAAGAGGACCAAGUCAUUUUUAAGAUUUUACGAGGUCCUCGUUAUGGCUACCUGGAAAAUAUAACAACAGGUGGAUUUAUCCAGAAAGGAUUCAGCCAAAAGGAUUUAAAUGGCAAAAUCAUACUUUAUGUCAUCAAUCCAUCCUGGGAGGUGAAUUCAGACAGCUUAGAGUUUCAAGUCACAGAUCCCACCGGAAACUCUGCUGCCCCGCAAACUCUGGAACUGAGGUGGUCUCAAAUUGAAAUACAACAGGCUGAGUACGUGGUGUGUGAGAAUGUGGGAAUGUUGCCUUUGAAAAUCACCAGAUUGGGGCACUCCAUGGACUCUGCCUUUAUUGCAGUGAAGGUUAAUGAAGUGACUGCUACAUUGGGAAAGGAUUUUACUGUGACGCCCUCUAAGCUCAUUCAGUUUGAUCCAGGAAUGUCAACCAAGACGUGGAAUAUAGCAAUUACCUAUGACGGAUUAGAGGAAGAUGAUGAGGUCUUUGAAGUAGUUCUGAACUCCCCUGUGAAUGCAAUUCUUGGCACCAGGACAAAAGCUGUAGUGAAAAUUCUGGACUCAAAAGGAGGUCAAUGCAGCUCUUUCCAUUCCUCUGGCCAAAACAAGCACAACUUAUGGGGGACAGGUGCAUUGCUUCCAGUUUCCUCAGGCUCCUCAUCGCCCUCCAAUCCUGGCACUGUUCACUUGGAAGAAAUCCCGCUGUCCUCUUCCAAAGAGAUGAUGGUGCAGAGAGGGGAUGUGUUGCAGGAAUUCAACUUGCUGAAUCUGUCAAGGAUGAGGCUUAGAGCUGUCAGAAAUGGCAAAAUAGUAAGGCAGAACUAUUGUAUGGUUUAUCCUUCAUCUGUGUUAAGAAAUGGAACUAAUGUGGCUUUUAAAUAUCAUGGAUUGGUCUCUCUCAGAGUAGAGGAUGACACCUCAUCAGCUAAUGCAAACAAGGCUAACAAGUCAAUAAUUAACCAAGGGCGGACAAAGAUAAAUGUGAUCUCCUCCAGGAAGACAGAAGUCCCACAAGCUGAUAAGGCAGAGUUGAUGUCUGAAUCACACUCUAACCAACAGGACCUGGUCCUCUCCUUUCCAAAGAGCUGCACACCUGAUUUAGAGGGGCUCUUGCAUUUUGAAGAAAGUACCCAAAACUUAUUUCAGUGUGAUGGAAUUUCGUGGAAGUUAUGGACUUCAAAAAGCAAGGAUGUUAGCAUGAAAAAAUGCCCAUCUGGAUGGAGCCAUCAUGGAGGCAGCUGCUAUUUCCUGAUCACAGACCAGAAAGUCACUUGGAAUACAGCUGCUCGGGCUUGCCGGGAACAAUACCUUGGAAGUCUAGCAAGUGUGGUCACGAAACAACAUAUGCAGUGGCUGUGGGACUUCAGUGGAAGGAAACCCUUUUGGAUAGGCUUUAAUGACCAAGUUAAUCCUGGCCAUUGGGAGUGGCAUGGAGGAGAACCUGUCACCUUCACAAACUGGAGAAGAAGUCCAUCUCGCCUUUCAAAGCAAGGAAAGAAUUGUGUUUUGGUGCAGAGGCGAGGGAAAUGGCAAGCAAAAGACUGUAGGAAGGGUAAUAGGCACAACUAUAUCUGCUCAAGAAAGCUGUAAACAAAACUGACACUCAUACCCAUCUGGCCUUUCUUGUGCACAGAAUAUUUAACUUAUAUUUGCAGUAUUCUGAGGGUAUAAGUGUAGAAAAGAAACUUUAUUAUCAUCAGGGUUUAUUUUUAUACUCCUGUGUUGGUAUAUUAGAGUCAAAUCGAGUGAAUGUGGUAGCACAGUGCUAAGCAUAGCAAGGAAGGGGUGGGCAAAUAGGUUCUCAUUAGAGAAAGACUCAGUAUAGAUCCAGAAUUCAAGCACCACCAAGUUUCAGAAUGUUUGGUUCUUGGUUUAGGAUCUGUCAUUUGUUCUAAUGAGAUGCCCAAAUUUUGUUACACCGAAGACUAAAGCCUUAGGUCUUACACCUAAUUGCCAUGUAAAUUUAUUCAUUUAUUUUUAAACAAAAAUAAACGAACACAACAGUCAACUUGCAAGUUCCAUGACUGGUGAAUGUAAAUUGUCUGUUGUUUGAAUUCAGCAGCAAUAAAACCUACAGAUUUACAGUU